AUGGAGACAAAGCUCCAAGUGAAUCACCGUGCCCUGCUCAAUGAGGGGAAGGAGGAUGAGACGGAGAUCUUUGGCUACCAGACCCACGGGUUCCGGAGGGCCCUGUGCCUUGCCGGGUACCUCCUGUCCAGCGGAGCUCUCCUGCUCGUCUUUUACUGGAAGCCAGCGUGGGACGUGUGGGCCAACUGCGUGCCGUGCGACUUGCAGGAGGCAGACGUGGUGUUGCUCAGAGCCACGGAUGUAUUUCAGAGGUACACAAGGAAGAAGGUGAUCUGGAUCGACUUGUCGAAACUUUUGGACAGAGACAAACUGAGUCAUGUCUUUGGCGCUGACAAGGAAUGUGUCAUCUCCAAAGCCGUAAUGAAGCCGCAUUUGAAAGUGAGGUACAUCCGGGUACAAAAAAUCCGCUAUGUAUGGGACGUCUCUGCAAAACAGUUCCAGAGAAUUGGGUCACUGGAGGACAGCAACACGUGUUAUGAAAUCCAUCACAAGUUUGCCGAUGGGCUGACCACGCAAGAGCAGGAUUUCCGGAAGUUAGUUUGUGGGCCUAACGCCAUUGAAGUGGAAAUCUGCCCCAUCUGGAAACUGCUUUUUAAAGAGGUCCUGAACCCCUUCUACGUCUUCCAAGCCUUCACCCUGACACUGUGGAUUUCCCAGGGCUACAUCGAAUACUCAGUCGCCAUCAUCAUCCUCUCCGUCAUCUCCAUCGCCCUCACCACCUACGACCUGCGGCAGCAAUCCAUCAAGCUCCACAACCUGGUGGAAGAACACAACAACGUGCCAGUGACGGCCUGGGUUAAACACGAAGGUCGCCGUCAGAUGGCGUCUUCUUCCUUGGUGCCAGGAGACGUCAUCCUCUUGGAAGGCCAGAAACUCUCCCUGCCGUGCGAUGCCGUCCUUCUGGAUGGCAGCUGCAUCAUCAACGAGGGGAUGCUGACAGGUGAGAGCGUCCCAGUGACCAAGACCGCCCUGCCCCACACGGAGAACACCCUCCCCUGGAAGACGCACAGCGUGGGGGACUACCGGCGGCACGUCCUCUUCUGCGGCACAGAAGUCAUCCAGACCAAGCAGACCAUCAAAGGGUCCCCCAGAGCCGUCGUGUUGCAGACGGGCUUUAACACAGCGAAGGGAGACCUGGUGAGGUCCAUCCUCUACCCGAAGCCCCUGAACUUCAAAAUCUACAGAGACGCCUUCAAGUUCAUCCUGGGCCUGCUCGUGAUCGCCGUCCUGGGCAUGGUCUAUGCCAUCUACGUGUACACCAGCCACAAGCAACCUGCAGAUGUCACUCUGGCCAUGGCCCUCCUCUUCCUGACGGCUCCCAUACCCCCGGCCCUCCCGGCCGCCAUGACCACUGGCAGCGUUUACGCCCAGCGGAGGCUGAAAAAGAAGAAGAUUUUCUGCAUCAGCCCACAGAGGAUCAACAUCUGUGGGCAAAUCAAUCUGGUGUGCUUCGACAAGACUGGCACCCUGACGGAAGACGGCCUGGACCUCUGGGGCACCAUCCCUUGCCAAGGGGGCAGCUUCCAGAAGGCCCACUGUUUCUCCUCCGGCUCGCCCUUGCCCUGGGGGCCGCUGUGCCGUGCCAUGGCCACCUGCCACUCGCUGCUGGUCCUGGAGGGGAAGAUCCAGGGAGACCCGCUGGACCUGAAGAUGUUCGAGGGCACCGGCUGGGAGAUGGAAGAGGCCAGUCCAGAGCACAGUAAAACUAGCACAGCUGAUGAGCAUACAGUAAUUAAACCAGGACGAGAUGCUUCCCAGGCCUCCGUGGAAGGGAUCGUGGUCUUGCACCAGUUUCCUUUCUCCUCCUCUCUCCAGAGGAUGUCAGUCAUUGUGCAGGAGCUGGGGAAGAACUCUUACGACCUCUACAUGAAAGGAGCCCCGGAGAUGGUGGCCAGUUUUUGCACAGCAGAGUCCGUUCCCAGGGACUUCCUCCAGGAGCUCCAAGGCUACACCUCGCAAGGCUUCCGCGUCAUCGCCCUGGCACAGAAGGCGCUCGCCGUGGGCGAGGACAAGGAUCUGGGUGACUUGGAAAGGGAGGAGGUGGAAUUUGGCCUGAACUUCCUGGGCCUGCUGGUCAUGGAGAACCGGCUGAAGAGGGAGACCGAACCGGUCCUGGAGGAACUCACGGCCGCCCGCAUCCGGACCGUGAUGGUCACAGGUGACAACCUCCAGACAGCCGUCACUGUCGCUAAGAACUCCGGGAUGGUUUCCGGCAGCAGCAGAGUGAUCCUCGUGGAAGCAAGUGAACCAGAGGGAUCCACCCCAGCCUCCAUUACCUGGCAGCUGAUGGAGGACAAGCAUCCAGGCCCUGGGGAAGGGAAAGACCUCUGCAUUGCCAUCGAGGACAAGGUGGAGCUUGGCAGGCCGGGCACCGAGUUCCAUUUUGCCAUGAAUGGGAAGUCCUAUCAGGUCCUCACCAAGUACUUCAGCAGUUUGGUACCAAAGGUACUUCUGAAUGGAACUGUGUUUGCCAGGAUGUCUCCAAGCCAGAAGUCCAGCCUUGUGGAAGAGUUUCAGAAGCUGAAUUACUACGUGGGGAUGUGUGGAGACGGCGCCAAUGACUGCGGGGCAUUGAAGAUGGCGCAUGCUGGGAUCUCCCUCUCCGAGCAGGAGGCCUCGGUGGCGUCGCCCUUCACGUCCCAGACCCCCAACAUCCAGUGCGUGCCAGAAAUGAUCAGCGAAGGCCGGGCCUCCCUCGUCUCCUCCAUUGCGGUGUUUAAAUAUCUGAUCCUUUACUGCAUGAUCGGGUUCGUGGGGUCAUCUCUGCUUUUCUGGCAACUCCAGAUCCAGGGGAAUUACCAGUACCUCGUUCAGGACAUCGGCAUCACCAUCAUCACCUGCCUCACAAUGAGUCUGACCCACGCCCACCCCAAGCUGGCCCCCUACCGCCCCCCCGGCCAGCUCCUCUCUCCGCCGCUGCUGCUCUCCGUGGUUCUCAACGUGGUCUUCACUAUCAUUGUGCAGGUCUGCGGCUUCCUGCUGGUGAAGCAGCAGCCCUGGUACGCCGUGAUUCGCAGUCACAGAGGGUGCCCUUCAGCCAAUCAGACGUGGACCUCAGGCCUCGGCAACGGGACGGCCAACUCCACGGAGCCGCACCACCGGGUGCUGAGCUACGAGGAUGCCACUCUCUGGCCCCUGACCACCGUCAACUGCCUCAUCGUGGCCUUCGUCUUUUCCAAGGGGAAGCCCUUCCGGAAGCCCAUCUACACCAACUACGCCUUCUGCAUCGCGCUGUGCCUGCAGCUCGGGGUCUCCCUCUUCCUGUACUUUGCUGACAUCGAGAGGAUAUACACGGGGAUGGAGCUUCUCUGCACCCCCAUGAUCUGGAGGGUUUACGUCCUGAUCGCGCUCGUGGUCUUGUUCUCUGUCUCCUUCUUCACAGAGGAUGCCAUCCUGCAGAACCGCCGCCUCUGGUUGUGGAUCAAGGCGCUGUUCCGAUUCCGCUCCUCCAGCCAGUACCGGGUGUUGCAGAGGAAGCUGGCGCAGGAUCCCGCCUGGCCGCCCGUCAACCGAAGGGACUUUGCAGAGCCCGCCAAGGGAGAGACCCACGUCAACCCCGCCUACGAGGAGGAGGAGUCCGAGGAAAAGUAG